UUAAUAUAAAAAAAGAUUGAAUACAAAAAGGUUGCGUGUAAAUAUAGAUAUGUACACAAAUAAUUAAAAAAUAAAUAAUAAUGUGUACUUUAUUUGAUUUAAAAAUUAAAGAGUAAUAUUGUUUCGUAAUGCGGAUAUUGGACUCAUUUUGUAAAUUGAAUUCUCAAACUUUCUGCGUAUAAGUUAAUUUUAUUAAUAUGAAGUUUAUAAAUAUCACACACAAUGUGUGUAUAGUUGGGUACCUAUAAAUGAAUGUGUUAAGAAAUCAGAUAUGCAAAUGAAAAAUUAUUGCAAGUAAUUGAAAAGGAAAUAUAUUUGCAUAUAUAUAUUGCAAUUGUUUGUAAUACAUUAUAUGGACAUUAUUUUAUACAUAUCACAUGAACAUAAUUUAAAUAUGUUUAUAAUCUUAAACGAUUUUCUGUGAUAACAUGGUACACACCAAUUUUAGCGUUAUUAAAUUUUUUUUUUCAUAAAAAAAAUAUUUUGUUUUUAUAAACACUUAUACGUAAAUAUAUGUAUUUUAAAGGCAUCAACUUGUAUAUACAAUGCUGCAAUUUAUUAUAAUAAUAAAAAAUUCAUAAAAUAGUCAGGAGCAAGUGUUCGGAACAUUUUGUUGCGAAUGUGUAACGUUAUAAUUUUGCAUAUAUGUAACUUUUCACAUUUAUAUUUAUAGUUGUGUUGUAGGUAAGGCUAAACAUAUUUAAGUACCUACAUAUGAUUUUAAAUCUAUUUUAUCAAUUUUAAAUUUGCAUUUUUUAAAUUUAUUCUAAUGUUUAGACAAAUAUUUUGAACUCAUUAAGAUCUUUCUCUUACAAUCCCAUAAAAUUAUAAUGAAAUUUUGUUCAUGUUUAAGAUUCUCAGAGGAAGUUUUAGACCUUCAAGAUGAUGGCUGUAGGCUUCAUGAUAAAUUUAUUUUAAACCUAUUAAAAUCUAUCAAAUAUAACUCACACAGAAUUUGUACUGUCAGUACAAUUAUAUUUAACAUAUUUUGUUUUUGAAUUUGUACUUUGGAUUCUGGGGUUCCACCAGAAUAAAAGUAUUGCAUCAUUGAUCCGUAUAAUCACAUAUGUUGCCAAAAGAUAAUCACAUCUUAAUAUAACAGAGCUUAAACGACUUGAAAAAUUGAUUUUUACGCUAACUUCAGAAGCCAUCGUAAGAGAUUUUUAAAAAAAGUUCGUAAAGUUAAAUGGUGAUUAAACGGAUUAGUAGUGAUUUUUAGUAAGGCUACGGACACAAGAUAAAUACAAUUUUGGCUUUUGAUGUCCUUGAAGGACGAUGAGAGCCGUCAAAACUAUAUAAAAAAAAUAAAUAAACUAAUAAAUAAAACAAUAUAUUAAUAAGACCUCUUUUCGAAAAAAUCUUUAUUUUACAAAUUGAAUAUAAUGUGUUUUUAAAAAAAUUUUGAUUACAUACUAUGAACCCGUUACUAUCUAACGGAUAUUUUUAGGUUCUAUAGAAACAUGAAUGAUCAUAGCGGAAUACUACAUCAUAGCCGAAUUAUAAAGCUCCUUUUCCUACACCACUUCACUUUGACAUUUAAUUAAUGCCGCGUUGCGCGUAUCUUUGGUUCUUUUCAUAUGAAAAUUUUUUACCUUCCUUUUUUUUGUAAUAUUGGCUGUUGCUUGCUUUUAAGAUAUUUUGCUCGAUUUUUCAACCUAAAAUGUUAGACAAAAAUUAAAUUUAACGUACGUCUAACUUUUCUAAAGCUAUAGAAAAUUUUAGUUGAAAUUGGGUUUUAAUAAAUAAGUAAUAAACAUUUUUAUAAUAAUAAUGGUUUGAAGAAAACGAACUACUUCAACGAAUUCCGAUAUAACGACGCUGGGUUUACCGCCUCCACCCUCUUUACCGCGAAGUCAAUCUAACAAGAAUCAAACAUCAUUUAUGUAUACAAAAGUAAGGCAAAGAGAAAAUUUGCCUGACUCCAUUCAAUAUAUCAAUGACUACAAACUGCGCGAGGAACAGUUUCUUGAAAAAUUGAAAGAAACAAUUGUUAAGGAUUGUAAAAUUCUGACGAAAAAAAAAAAUGAACUAACACCAAUAAAAGUAGCCACAAAAUCAGAUUUAGGAAAUGAAAAUUCUUCAAUAUUAUCUACAUCAAACGAUUGCGAUUCAGUGAACAAUAUUAUAGCUAAUUUGUCAACACACAACAUAGUUGAUCGUCCAGCAGCAUCGGAAGCUACUAUGGACAAAACUAAAAAACCAUUAAUGUCCGAUAGAAACCAACAAACUUCAUCAAUAACACCGCCUUUCCCCAUUUGUCAAAUGUUCGAACAGCAAAUUCCUCAAAAUUCAGAAAAUGAAGAAUUGAAAGAAGAAUGUGAAAAAUUCAUAAAGCCAUUACUUAAUCGAGCAAGUUCAACUAUAUCAGCUGCGUUAGCCGCAUAUGAUGCUUUUGAACAACUAAGUUCUUUGCAUGGUUUAAUUGAUAAGAUUUUAAAGUUAGAAGAGCAAAAUUAUUUGAUGGCUAAAUACAUUAGAGACGUUAAAAUGCUAUCUGAAUUGAAGGCAAUGCAGACUAAGAAUUAUUCAAAUGAUUUGUUAGACGAAUCCGAAGAUUUGUAUGCUAAGGAACUAAAUUUAACUAAUAAUGGUGGAUUGUUAAAUACGAUCUUGGCAGCUGGUAAUACUGCUUCAAGUAAAAGAAAUUUCGCUAAAAGGCAUAAUCGUGAGCGCAGUAAAUCUGUGUUUUGUGAUGAAAUCCCAAAACAACAUGCCGAAGUGACUUCAACGCCAAGACGUCAAAGUGCAUAUGCAACUAAUUCAAAUAAAGUAAAAGUUUCAAAAUGGACCAAAGUGAAGGCUGCUUUUAAGUGGGAAAAGGCCAAUGUUCAGUCUUUGGAAGAAUUAUCCAAAGCAAAUUCAAAUCAGUUAAAACCAAUUAAUAAUGAGGUCGCUAGAUACCUAAGAGUACCAGCGCCAAUCCCAAUAUCUGGCAGCUCUGUAGACAGUAUUUUGAGCACAUCUGCACCACCAACGCCAGCAAAUGUUAGUUCAGCCAGUUCACUUGAAGAUGUUCGGCAACUAUCCGAUGAAAGACGAGACUCUUCGAAAAGUGAUUCAAGAUUCGAAACUCAAUUAAAUAAUGUAGAGGAAGAAAGUCGUAGGAGUAGAUCAUUAGAUAGUGAUAUGAUGAUUUCUCAAAUGUCAACGUCAGUGGUAAAAAGUAAGACUCCAUGGACUAAAGUUAAAAAUAUGAUUCAAACACAUAGUGCGUCUUUCAAAACUACACGUUCCCGUAGCAUUAAGUCUAGUAAUAGUGCGGGAAAAGAUAGCCGUGAUGUUAGCCCAUCCGAAUUUAAUAUAGAUAGUUUGCAAUUCCUAUUAAACGAAUCACCAACGCAAAAACAAAAUUGUGAAAAUAUUUUGUCACCAUCUAGUUCAUCAACAACAGCGAAUUCACAAAAGUGUAAUUCAAGUGGCCCAAACAGUCCAGUCAUAAUAUCAGGGCUAGGACUAAACGAUUCUGUAGGAGGAUAUGAACAAAGUAAUGAAAUUAAAUCAAAAAUGUUAUCGAAUAAAUCAUUACGAAGAAAUAAAAAUAUUUCUGGAUUUGAAUCAUUACCUGAAGGAGCGACUAUUGACAUAAAAUUAUCAAAUCAACCAAAACCGAAUCCACUGAUUUUAAACUCUAAAAUGUUGGCAAACGAGGUUGAGUUUAGUGACAUUUGUUAUUUUCCAAUAAUCGGCCAAAAAAUUUCAAGUACCUCUUCAAAUAGGAAACACUUAAUGUCAGUUGGUAAUUCUUCCGUUCCUAGCAGUCCAUCUAGGCAUUCAGAAUUUUUUCCAGAAUUCGAAAGUGAAGAUAUGUCAAGCGGGGAUUUCUCUGAACCAACUACACCAUCAAGAAAAUUAUCGGAUCGUUUAUAUUAUCAGUUGCAACGAGAUGAAAUUAAUGAAAGAUAUUUAGAGCUUAAAGAAAAACUUAACAAAGAGUUUGAAGCGAAACGUCAAGAAUGGGAGAAAAUUCGAUUUUCAUGUUCAUCGAGCUCGUCCUCAGCUUAUCAGUUACUUCAAAGUAAUGAUUUACUGCAAACAAAUAAAAACAUCCCACCAAAGUUCUUAGAAGAGAAUUUGUCAGCAGAUUUUAAAAAAAAGCUACAUAAAUGGAGAAACAAGAAACCGGAAACUACUUCAUUAGUAACAAGAGAUAAUUUCACUUCUCCUUUAAAAGGCGAAAAAAUUGAUUGGAACUUGUGGAAAACUGGACAGUUAAAACUAGAAGGGCAAGGUUUGUCACCAUUGCCUGAUCAAAAAUCAUUACCAGAAGAGUUUCAAAAAAAAUUAGAUCAAUGGAAGAAAAUUAAAGAUGCUAGCACAAAUUCAAAUUCUCACAUUGAUACUCAAAGUUCGUUGAGAAGGUCAUCUGGAAAAUUCGGAAUCGGAAAAACCCACGAAACACCGAAAAAGUCAAAAGAUGAUGCAAAAUUUGAUAAAGAGAAAUUCCGUCUAGAUAAAGAAAAAUUUAAUAAAAGUUAUGAGAAAGAGAAAUCCGAAAAGCUUUUAAAAUUGCGGGCAAUUGUAACAGAGCCUAGAGCUAAGGAAAUUGAAGUACAAACUUCAGUAGGAGUCAUGAAAUUUGAAGGUAUUUCUAGAAAGUUUACAAGGAAGCUUUACGAAUGGGAAAAAGCUAAAGGAAUUGGACCAGAGUCAUCAACAUUUGCCUUUUUAUAUCCUGGAUAUAGGUCAGUUAUUUCCGGAAAAAAAUCCGCCGAACGUCGAUCAAAUGAACCUUCUCCUAAUUUGGGCAGGUCACUUUCCCUCGAUAGUAUAUCUCCAAUACAAUCGGUUCCGUCAGCAUCUCAUCAAACGUCUUGCCUAUCUUUAAAUGAUGCUGAUGAAUUCCGGAUUGAUGCAUCUUUACCAGAGCAAACUCGGAGAAUUUCUUCAGAUAUUGAGCUUUGUGAAAAUAAUUCUUUUGAGAAGAAUAUGGAAGAUCUUAGGAAUCCUCUCGGACUGUCGUGUAUAGAACCAUGUCUAUUCAGUACCCCUAAGGAUUUCUUAAUAAGUGCGGAACAAAACAAAAAAAUUGGAGCGCAUAAUUUAACUCUAAAUAAAUUUGAGGAAGCUAUUGAAGCCUUAAAGUUGAUCGAAAAUAAAUCACUAGAUAAUUUACAAAACGCUUUAAGAAUCCUUAACGAGUUGGAAAAUUCUAUUCCGGAUUUUGAAGAUGCUCUUGGGAGACUUAACAGUGAGGGCAAAGAGGCUAUGGCUCGCGUUAGAAAGCACGUUACAGAAUUAAAAAAUCAGUGCCACCAGUUGGACCAAGACGAAGCUUGCUGCCAAGAAUUAUUAGACGAGCGGAUGGAUGCAAUCGCAGAAAUACUCUAUAAUCUAAAACAAAACAUUAUUUUAGUUUCCAAUUGCGCACAAAUGAUAUCUUCUGAGCUAUUCAUACCUAAAAUAAACAUUACAUCUGAAGACGGAUGUAAAAUGGUUGAUUCUCGCAGUUCUAAUACACCAUUAAAAAAUAUUUCAAAAUAUGAGAAAUAUAAUGAAACAGAUAUCAACGAAAAAGAAUGUGCCACGCAAAUCCCAACACAAAAUAUUGAAUUCGUAAAUGUCAGUGCAAAAACAGCAAUAGAACCAACCUUUGAUUCAAAAAAUAAAAUUUGUCGUAAUUCAAGUAACGGUAGUCGCAAAAAAUCUCGCUUAAGGAAAAUGGGAUCCCGUCAAAAUAGUAAAACUGAAAGUGAGAGUACAGAUGACGAGGCAGUUAACAGUAAUGAAGUAGCUCAACGUCGACUAAAACGAAGAUUAAGUAGAAAUAAAAAAUCUAUUGAAGAGGACAAAUUUGAACUUGAUAUAAAUGAAAAUAUAACUACCAAUAAUAUCAUCCAAAGUAACAAAUAUUUCCCCACACCAGGGGGCGAAGACGUAGUUUAUGUUCUUAAAAUUAAACCUGGACAACCCAUAGAGCAGUCGGAAGUAUUUUGCAAUUAUGACGGUGAGUCUUCCAAAAUUUUGAUAUCUCCCACUGAAACAUCGGUUCAAUUAUUGAACAGCAAAUCUCAAGAAAAUGUGGAACUUGAACAACAAAAUAUUUUUGUCAAAACUAAAAGGAAAAUUUUCACUUUAGUGGGUAGACAAGCUUCUGAAACGGGAAGUGAUAGUGGAAUUGGUCCAUUAGCUGUGUCAAGGGACUUAGACUCUUCCACAACUACAGAAGUACCCGAAACUGAAGAUUCAUGUCGAGAUUCUAUUAGUCUCAAUAGCUUUUCAAAACCAUACAGAAAAAAAUUAGAACCCCCCAUUUCGAUAAAAAAGGACUUAAAUUCUUCUGAAAAAUCGACUUUUGCUUUACAUUCAUCAAAAGAACCAGGUCUUUCUGUUAAAGCAAUGAUUGAUGACUGUAAUCAAAAGUUGGAGACAAAAGCAAUAAGUAAAUCUCCUUUGAGUUCCGGAACUUGUACGCCUUCAAGUAUUCGAUCACCACUUUUAGAGCGCAAGCUUACUAAAAGUCAGACUGACAUAUUUAAUCCAAGUACUGAAAACAUAACUAAAUCCGCAAGUUUUGGAAGUAUUGUCUAUAAACAAGUAAUCAAAGAAGAAAUAUCUUCACAGCUCGAAGAUAGGGUAUGUCGUAUUUCAAAAUCUUUCAGUUUAGAAAAUAUCGCUAAAAAAAUAUGUAAUGAAAUGCAUUCGCCUAACAUAGAACCACUUGCUUAUGAUAGUUUAAAAAAUAUAAAAAAAGGCUCAGAGGCAAUUAACAACCCGAAACUUGAAAUGAAGUCCAAAGAACAUUUGUUUAAAAAAAAUAAGGAAAAACCAAUUAAUUUAAAUGUUACCAAAGGAGGUGCACUAAGGAAAAUUGAUUUAAAACAAAAACUUGAACAAAUAACGAGACGAAAUAGCUCAACAAGCGAAAGUGGGGAUAUAGUCAUAGAAAGUUUUAAUAGCUUCAACAAAUCUGACAAUACAAUUCCCAAAAUAACUAGAAAACUUGAAAAUAAAGCUACAACGCCAACAGAAAAAUCACACCCUUUGUGUGCUGAGUUGUGGCAUCCUUUGCUACCAAUUUCAAAUAAAAAUUAUUUUGACCAAAUUGAGUGCCCGACAACUCCGAUAAAUGAAAGAGCAGUAAAAUUAGCUCUUGCUAAAGAAAGGUUUUUGAAAGAAAUUCCAAAAAGAACUGCAUCAUUUAAAGAAAGUUUCGAUACCGAGAAUGUUAAUCCACGUUUUAGUCAAACAAGUUUCGAAAGCGAAUUUAGCAACGAAGCUUGGAAAAACUAUAACGAUGUAUCAAUGACCAAAGCAGUUUCAAACUCUUCUUUGGAAGUAAUAAAAAACGAUAACAAUUGUAAUCCAUUACCUAGAAGUAUUGUAAGAUCAGAAAAAUUUGCAAGUAAAUUAGGAUUCGCGACUUUAGCAUCAAAGUUUCGUAAAAAGAAACGUGAAAAUGAAGUUGAAACGAUAUCAAAAAUGAGCACUGUUUCAGUUUUAUGUCAACAAAGCUUAAUGUUAGAUGUUGCUCAGGUAAAUAAGGGUUUCAAAACAAGAAAAGAAGCUACUGAUUCGUUGAAAAAUACAGGUAAGAAUUAUAAUGUUAUUAAAUCUAAAAGUUCGCAUGUUGGAAGUUUUGGUACGUUAUUUAAGUCAAAAGAUAAAAACAAAGGCCAAAAAAACGAUCAAAAAGACAAUGGCAAUAACAAGGAUAAUAUAUUAAAAUCCAAAAGCGCUAUCUUAUUCCCAUUAUCAAAUGAUAAAUAGCGUUUUUUAAUAUUAAAAUAAAUACAAUUUCUUAUUUGAAAGUUUUUUGAUUUUGUACGAUAAUAAUAAAAAUCAAAUUGUAAAUUUUAUUUUAAAAUAGCUUGACACAUUUAUGUGAAUAAAUGUUUUCAUAAAAAUAAAUAAUUAAAUUGCAAUUGAAAAAAAAAUAAUUAUAUUGCAAGCUUUCUAAUAAAACAUUAAUGAUGUAUGUAUGUGUGUAUAAAUAAUAUACGUUAGAAAUUGACUUGAAAAUUUAAGUCAUCUGUAAUUUAUUUAUUAUUUCAAUUUCUUCAAAUUAUCAAUUGUGAUAAAGACGAAGUAUUACAAAAAGAAGUUGUGAAGUUUUGUUAUAAAUUAGCCAAA